GAAACCUACCUGGACGUUCUCUUCUCUCCGCUCCGCUUCACAGCUUCAGCCAUCGUCAAAGCUCUACAGAUCUUCCGCCGAGGCUCGGAGAGGAUCUCUGAUCUGUCCUGGGACAAUCUGAAGAAGGAGGUGACGGUUGCUGUGGAGACCGAGCUGCAGAGCAGUGUGACGGAGUUUGAGUUUUCUCAAGAAGAUUACCGCCAGCUGCAGGUGGAGUUCUGGUCCCGGUUCUACGCCUGCUGUCUGCAGUACCAGGAGUCUCUGUCAGAACCGCUGGGUCUCACCGUGAGCCCGAACACACACAUGGCCUGUCUCCUGAAGAAGGGCUUUGUGUCCUUCCUCCUUCCUUGUUUUGCUGUGGAUCACCUGUACCUGUCCUACGACGAGCACCUGUUCUCAGAGGAGGAGACGCCGCUCGCCGAAGACGCGGAGCUUGGGCGGGACGUCCUGCAGCUGGUGCAGUGCCUGCGCCUGGUCAGUGAUGCUGUUUCUGGGGAGAUGGCGUACGAGAUGGAGAAAGCUCUGGAACACCUGCAGUCACCGGAGAGGGCAGCAGAACUCGUCCUGGAGAACAUGCUGUCCAACUACAGUGAUAAUGUGAUGGAGGACAUCCAGAACAAACUACAGGACGUCCGGAACCCGCUGGCGGCCAUGAUGGUUCUGCUGAGAGAGAUGGACCUGGAGACGGACUCAGAGGUCGGAGGAGACGGACAACUCACACCUGGUGCGAGUGUGAGCACCAGGAUCAGCCUGUCUCAGCUCUACAGCAGCAGCUCGGCUGUUUCUGUCGUCUGUCAGGCCGUCUGUCACAUGACCAUGACCCGGGCGCUGUUCUGCAGGGACCUGCUGAUCCUGCAGAAACUCUACCUGCGCUUUGGAGACAACGUGUUUCUGGGUGGAGGCUCCCAGCUGCUGCAGCUCCAGCAGGAUCUGAUUCCUCGCUGCUCCGGCCUCCUGUCAUCGUAUUAUCUCCUGAAACACAUCAGCCAGAGUCUCGCGUCCUCCGUCCCCGUGGACAUCAUAGACGCCAACCUGCAGCACCUGACCGUGCUGCAGCUGUCAGACGCUCCAACUCCGUCUAGCAACAGAUCAACAGUGCUGAGUCCUCAGACUGUGGUGGAGCUCUUCUAUCAGACUGUGGGCAGGAAGCUGAUCGUCUCCCAGAUGUUCAGCCAGCAGCAGGACGGCAACUCUCUGCUGCUGUGGACUCACAGCGUCUCCACCGUGGUCCAGCUGCUCGCUCAGCUGCUUUGGCCCAGUAACCAUGGUUUCCAGUUCCCUGAGUGUCUGAUGGCCAACUGCCAGUACACACAGCUGCAGGAGUACGUGCGUCUGAUUGGUCCGUGGUGUCAGGGGAACAUCGGCUCGUGUCGCUUCAUGCUGGGUCAGUGUUACCUUGCCAACGGGGAGGGACAGAAGGCUCUGCAGUGUUUCCAGGAAGCAGCAACCGAGGUGGAGAAGGAGGACUUCCUGUUGAGACUGACGGGCAGCGAGGACGAAGACGCCGCCGCCACGCCCAGACUACAGUACUACAACAAGGUGCUGCGUCUCCUGGAGGGAUGUGGGUCUCCUGAACUUGUGGUCCAGUUGUCGUCUCUGGCGAUCACGGAGGCGUCCGGAGACCCCGGCAGCCAGGCGGCUCUGUGGACUCGGAUCUUCAAACAUCACCUGGACCUGGGACACAACGCUGAAGCUUACGAAGCGCUCACACAGAACCCUGAAGGCAGCAU